AGACAGUAUCUAAACUCGCGUUAUGCCUUCUUUGCGCUGCCGGAUAUAUCCUUGCGGCGAGAAACGCACCUGGUCAACCCAAACAGGCUAUGAAGGUCAACGCGUUUGAGCUCGUUGGCAAUAGUAUCGGCAGUGGCCAACAGGCGUUCUUGGGAACUGAAGACAAGGUCUAUAUCGUCGACAAAACAGAAAACAACCCAACGCAAAUCAAUGGACACCCUGCGUGGGCUGCAGAGUGGUCCGCUAGCUCGAAACAAACGCGUCCCAUGAAUAUUGUCACAAACACUUUCUGCGCGGGAGGAAGCGUUUUGGGUAACGGGACGUGGCUCAAUGUUGGCGGGAAUCAGGCGGUAACUUAUGGCGGUGAUCCUGCCGCGAGCCAACUCGGCGGAGGUCCCUACUACGAUCCGGAUGGUGGGCAAUCUAUUCGGAUGCUCAACCCGUGCGAUAGCGGUGACUGCGAUUGGUUCUUGGUUGCACCCAUGACGACAAGGCGUUGGUAUCCUAGCCUUGAAACGCUCCAGGACGGAAGUAUCAUCAUUGCUGGAGGAUGCACAUGGGGAGGCUAUGUUAGCGAUGCAGGACAAACCAAUCCCACGUACGAGUUCUUUCCUAGUCGUGGUCAGCCAAUUCUUUCGCCCAUCCUUCAGAACACACUCCCUACAAACUUGUACCCUCUUAUAUGGCUCCUUCCAUCUGGGAAACUGUUCGUCCAGUCCGGCUGGAAAACGGUCUUGCUUGAUAUGGACCAAAACAAGGAGACUCCAUUGCAGGACAUGCCAGAUGCUGUCCGUGUAUAUCCUGCUAGUGCCGGAAGCACGAUGUUACCGUUGACUCCAGACAACAACUACACGGCGUCGAUCAUGUUCUGUGGUGGUAGUAACAUUCGUACUGAGCAAUGGUCCCAAACCUGGGACAUCGCUCACUGGCCGGCUUCUUCUUCGUGUGUACGGAUCACCCCCGACCAGUCACCGAAUUACGUUGAGUUAGAUGCCCUGCCGGAAGGUCGAACGAUGGGAAACUUGAUUUUACUUCCUGAUGGAAGAAUCUUGUGUUUGAACGGCGCGAAGACAGGUACUGCUGGCUACGGAAACUCGAGUUUUAAUAUUGGCCAGUCAUACGCUGACCAGCCACACUUGACGCCGCUCAUAUAUGAUCCAAAGGCACCAGCUACCAAACGCUGGUCUCUUUAUGGAAUUUCUUCGAGUACCAUUCCACGCAUGUAUCACUCCACGGCUACCUUACUUCCAGAUGGCUCCGUCUUCGUGGCAGGUUCGAAUCCCAACAGUGACGUGAAUAUCACCGCCCCCUAUCCUACCGAAUAUCGAAUUGAGCGCUUCUAUCCUUCAUAUUAUAACCAACGUCGGCCAGAACCUCAAGGACUUCCGAAUCAGCUAUCUUACGGCGGCUCCUAUUUCAAUGUUUCGUUGACGCUAGCAGACCUUUUUGGUAACGCGGACAGCGUCCAAACAGCGAAAGUUGUUGUUAUGAGGACUGGGUUCUCUACGCAUACAAUGAACAUGGGCAUGCGCUCGGUACAAUUGCAGAGCUCCUUUACAGGAAACAGAGAUGGAAGCGCAAUUCUUCAUGUAAAUCAGUUGCCUCCCAACGCAGCCAUCAUGCCUCCCGGCCCCGCAUUGCUAUUCGUUGUUGUUGAUGAUGUCCCUUCCGUCGGUAUUCAGGUUAUGUGCGGCUCUGGCAAUAUUGAGAAACAGUCGAUGAUGCCUGUGCAAAACCUUCCAAACUCGACCAUUACUCCACAGCAGUCGGCACAAAAGCAGGUUUCUGGUACAAGCUUUUUGAUUCAUUCUGCCAGAAGUUGGUUGGUCUCUAUGAUAAAAUACGUUGGAGUGGUCUCCGCUAUCUUGCUUUUUUGAACUAGCGAAGCUGGUACGCCUCGUUUUUGCUGCGCUGUUGCAUGAUACUUUGCAUUUUUUCGAUGCCUUUACGAUCUUUUCGAUACUUUUGCAUGACUUUUUAGAUACGCAUCGUAUACCCAGUCGUGUACAUGGACUUGACGUGGACCAUACUCAGCUUCCUUUUUCAU